GCUGCGUCCUCUCGGCCAUGGCCUGUCUGAUGGCCGCCUGGUCCGUGCACAACCCCACCGUCACCAACUCCAUCAUCAUGAACACCAACGGACCCCCGGACCUGAUGCUGGACCCCCGGACGGUGUGUGUUUGUAUGGAAGAGGUGGUCAGCAAGCCGCCGACGGGCACCCAGCAGACGCCGCUGCUGCAGGGACACGUGAGGAAGCUGGACAACAGCCUGACAGAGGCCCAGAGAUUCUCAUCGUUGCCACGGAGACCAGCAGUCAACAUCGAGUUCAGAGAUGUGUCGUACUCCGUCAGAGAGGGGCCCCGGUGGAGGAGGAACGGUUACAAGACUCUGCUCAAAGGGAUCUCUGGGACAUUCACCAGCGGGGACCUGGUGGCCAUCAUGGGGCCCUCAGGAGCUGGAAAGUCCACCCUCAUGAAUAUCCUGGCCGGAUACAGGGAGACCGGGAUGAAGGGGGAGAUCCUGAUCAACGGGCAGCCCAGAGACCUGCGCUCCUUCCGGAAGGUUUCCUGCUACAUCAUGCAGGAUGACAUGCUGCUGCCUCACCUCACCGUGCAGGAAGCCAUGAUGGUUUCUGCCAACUUAAAGCUGCAGGAGAAGGUGGAGGCUCGCAGGGAGAUGGUCCGAGAAAUCCUGAUGGCUUUGGGCUUGUUGGACUGUGCUAAAACCCGGACGUCCCACCUGUCGGGGGGUCAGAGGAAGAGGCUGGCCAUCGCUCUGGAGCUUGUCAAUAAUCCUCCUGUCAUGUUCUUUGACGAACCCACCAGCGGUCUGGACAGCUCGUCCUGUUUCCAGGUCGUCUCUCUGCUCAAAGCCCUGGCUCGAGGAGGACGAACCGUCAUCUGCACCAUCCACCAACCCAGCGCCAAACUCUUCGAGCUCUUUGACAAGCUGUAUGUGCUGAGUCAGGGUCAAUGCAUCUACCGAGGAAAGGUGUCCAGUCUGGUUCCGUACCUCCAAGAGCUCGGACUCAACUGCCCCACCUACCACAACCCUGCUGACUUCGUCAUGGAGGUGGCCUCCGGGGAGUACGGGGACCAGAUGGUGAGACUGGUAAAGGCCGUCCAGGACAGGAAGUGUGAGAAGGAGCAUCAGACAUUGCUGAACGGAGACGCUAACAUCCACCCGCUGCUGUGGCAGGAGGAUUCUUCAUCUGAAGGUUGCCACAGUUUCUCAGCGAGCUGCAAGACUCAGUUCUGCAUCCUGUUCAGGAGAACGUUCCUCAGCAUCCUCCGAGACUCGGUGUUGACUCACCUGAGGAUCUCCUCCCACAUCGGUAUCGGCGUUCUGAUUGGUCUGUUGUACCUGGGCAUCGGGAAUGAGGCCAAGAAGGUUCUAAGUAACUCUGGGUUCCUCUUCUUCUCCAUGUUGUUCCUCAUGUUCGCUGCUCUGAUGCCCACCGUCCUCACCUUUCCUCUGGAGAUGGGAGUUUUUCUGAGGGAACACCUGAACUACUGGUACAGUCUGAAGGCGUACUACCUGGCUAAGACCAUGGCUGACGUCCCGUUCCAGGUGGUGUUCCCGGUGGUGUACUGCAGCAUCGUGUACUGGAUGACGGCUCAGCCUCCGGACGCCGCUCGGUUCUUCCUCUUCUUGUCUCUGGGGAUCCUGACGUCUCUGGUGGCUCAGAGUCUGGGUCUGCUGAUCGGUGCCGCCUCCACCUCUCUGCAGGUGGCUACGUUUGUGGGUCCAGUCACAGCCAUCCCAGUUCUGCUGUUCUCCGGGUUCUUCGUCAGCUUCGACACCAUCCCCUGGUACCUGCAGUGGAUGUCCUACAUCUCCUACGUCAGGUACGGGUUCGAGGGCGUCAUCUUGUCCAUCUACGGUCUGGACCGUGACGACCUUCACUGUGACAAAGACGAGAUGUGUCACUUCCAGAAGUCUGACGCCAUCCUGAAGGAGUUGGACAUGCUGGACGCCAAACUCUACCUAGACUUCAUCAUCCUCGCCAUCUUCUUCCUCUCACUCAGGCUCAUUGCUUACUUUGUCCUCCGGUACAAGAUCUACUCUGAGAGGUAAACCAGGACCGGGACCAACACCAGGACCAGAAAGAUGAGAAGUGGAUCUGAGCGAGCAGCAGUUAGGCCAAAAAGCUGUAGGCCAAGUUAGCAUGUAGCCUUGUUGUCCCAGCAGGGGACACUGACUGGACUUUGGCUUGCUGUUAAAAAACACAUGAAGAGACAAUGGAGAGGCCGUCUGAGGCGUAGACGUAGAUCUGGUUUGGUUUCCUUAAUGUCCUACAGGGACCGGAGCUGGUCUCCUGGUUCCUGAGGGUUCCACUGUGCCACAACCCGACCCGGACUACAGGAACAACUGAAUCAAUGUUCUGAAACUGAUCCUGGACUUUUCAUAAUUUAGAGAAUUAUUGAUGCAUUUAACAGACUGAGGUCUAAAGCAGUGACUCCCCACCCUGGUCCUCCAGGCCCACUAACCUGCAGGUCUUAGUUGUCUCCCUGCUGCAACACACCUGAUUGAAAUGAAUGACUCAUUAUCAGGCUUUAGCAGAGCUGGUCAGAGAGGGCCCUGAGGACCAGGGUUGGGAAUCACUGGUCUAAAGGACAGGUCUCAGGACUCAGACUGAGGUCUAAAGGAGGAAAGGUGGAUUCAGACUGAGGUCUAAAGGAAGACAUGUGGACUCAGACUGAGGUUUAAAGGAAGACAGGUGGACUCAGACUGAGGUCUAAAGGAAGACAUGUGGACUCAGACUGAGGUCUAAAGGAAGACAGGUGGACUCAGACUGAGGUUUAAAAGAGGAAAGGUGGACUCAGACUGAGGUUUAAAGGAAGACAGGUGGACUCAGACUGAGGUCUAAAGGAAGACAGGUGGACUCAGACUGAGGUCUAAAGGAGGAAAGGUGGAUUCAGACUGAGGUCUAAAGGAAGACAUGUGGACUCAGACUGAGGUUUAAAGGAAGACAGGUGGACUCAGACUGAGGUCUAAAGGAAGACAUGUGGACUCAGACUGAGGUCUAAAGGAAGACAGGUGGACUCAGACUGAGGUCUAAAGGAAGACAGGUGGACUCAGACUGAGGUCUACAGGACAGGUGGACUCAGAAUGAGGUUCAAAGGAGGACAGGUGGACUGGGAUCGAGUCUCAGACUGUCAAUGAAUAAAAUGCUUUAUUUCUUCA